ACUUGCACGCGUGUGUGAACGUCUUUGGAUGUGACACAUAAAAAGACAUCAAUUCAAGAAAGAGUGAUCAAGAGAGAGCCGGAGAGGGAGGGAGAAGGCCCGGGGAGAAGGAUCGCAAACGUCUCACGCUAUACCACGACCAUGAUACAACUUCUUCAUCACCUGUUCUAUUAUAAUCUCCCAAGGGUACAUGCGCGGGUCAUUCCUUCGACUUGGUUCACUGGUAUACCAUACAAACAUCGUAGCAGUACAAGUCCAAGUUGAUCAAACUCUAGCCUCAACCUCGGUCGUAACUGGCUUAUCGAUCUACAUCUGGGCCGAAUUUGGACCAAAGUCAAGUGAAGAGACCAUGGAUGACUUUUGACAGCUUGGUUCGUGAUCGACCAGGGAAUUUUUAGUGAAGUUCAAGUUAGUCUCGAUCGUAGGGUUAUGAGCAGAGUGUGAUACUGUAUAUCCCCGCAGUGAAAGUGUAUUGGAGAAUGAAUAUAGGCUCAUGUCGAAAGCCCGCUGUUUGGAGGAUGUUUUUCAUGGAAAUUGAAUGUUAGUGGUUAAAAAAAUCACCACCUUUCCUUCAUCUCUGCUACGCUACAUCUUUUCAUCUUGCAUGGAUUAAACCAUGUGAAACGCUUUGACUGAACGAACUGGAACUUAUUAAAACUAAUCAAGGAAAAUCUGACCUGAUUAAAACUUCUCAGCGCGAACAUCAUUUCCAAUCAAAGGUGACCCGCAGUGCGUACAUGUAUGUAAAUAUUUAUGCUAAAGGUCUAGCUGAUCGCCUUGCAUAUAACUUUCUUCAUGAACAAAUCCAUGUAUUAUUUGGGGCGAAUUAUUUUAUCCCAUGGAUUUAUUAUCAUCACCAUCGUCACCAGUUAGUUCAUAUGCGUUUAAUCUAGCCAUUUGAUUAUAAUGCUCAGGCAUAUAUACCAACUCUAGACCUACGAAACAUUCGGAUAUCACCAAUGCCAUUAUGCUACCAUCCGGAUUGGAGUCCCUAGUUUCGUUGGUGUAGCUGUCGUAUUAAGGUCUUCAAUUUGUUGUUGAUGUCCUCUGAGUGCAAUCAAUGUCCAGUUGUAAUGAUAUCGAAAAAUUUUAGUGUGCAUGGAUGCCGCCAAAAACCUACCAUCGCCAUAUAACCGUUUCCUGUAUUGGAGGCCUUCGUGAACUUGCAUGUUUUCCUUUGCUUGGGGGGUGAAACCUUAUAGCGUGUAUGAAAAAUAUAUUUAUACUACUAGUAUUGUCUGGAAUCCACUGCGCUCUUAUAGUCGUAUAUCGUCUGCGCCAAAGGAUCGAUAUUCACAGUUUAGUUUGAGUCUCGCUUGGAACUUUUUUUGUUUAGCUUUUGUUUUUCAAGAACUUGUGGAAGAUGCCUCGCGUAUAUUUGACAGUGGUGAUCUCAGGGACAGCUUGGCUCUCGCUUGCAUUUCUCCUCUUCUUCAUUCACCACGAGAACAAGCACAUCUUCAACAAUGUCAGGCAAGCCAUGGUUGCCGACAUAGCGGCGGCCGGAGCGCCCGUCGUCCACCCGCACAACGCGCAUAGUAUUGGUCAGCGUAACCUUGACCACCGUGAUUUGGACUCGGUCCUGGGCCAGUUGGACAAGGAUAUUCCUCGUUUUGGUCCAGGGGAAGGAGGUCAGCCUUUGAUGUUGUCUGGUGUGGCUGACGUGGAGAAGGCGAAGAAGACCAAACAUAUCCAUAAUUUUAACCUGGUGGUCAGUGAUAAGAUUUCUUUGGAGAGAACCGUCAAAGACACAAGAGAUUCAAGGUGUCAGGACAUCACCUAUCGGUUCUCGAAAUUUCCUACAGCCAGCGUCAUCAUCGUCUUCCACAACGAGGCGUGGUCGACGCUCAUGAGGACUGUUCACAGCGUGGUCAACCGUACACCACACGACAUUCUUGCCGAAGUCGUACUCGUCGACGACGCCAGCACAGAUGAUGAACUGGAGAAAAAACUACAGAACAUUCCGAAAUUGGUACGGGGCAAAGUGAAAUUGGUCCGUACCACUCAGAGGGAAGGGGUGGCCAGGGCGAAAAUCAGAGGGGCGAGGGAAGCACGCGGAGAGGUUCUUGUGUUUCUUGAUUCACACUGUGAAGUUAACACCCAUUGGUAAGUGGACGAUUCUCAAACUUUUUUCUGCACCACAUGAAAGCUUCGGAUGUGGAGAAAAGUGCAAACGAC